UCAGAAGAUCUGAGCGGCUGUUAAGCUUGAUUUCUCAACGCUCAUAAACUCAACUAUCUCUUCGAUAUUGCUCGGUAGUCCGCUGCAGUUCAAUUGAAGAAGUCGGGUUUGUCGCGGUUAUUAAGUUGUGAUCCUGCCUGGUUUUGACGGUCUUGGGAUCUUCCGGCAAUCGGUACUUCUCGCCCUUCAACUCUGGUAGAGAUUUGACAAUAAAUGGCUUACUUUGGUGUCAGUGUGGCGGCUGACAAAGUAAACGUCCUCUUAAGUAGGUACACUGGUUUAGUAAUAGGUCGGGAACUACUAUAGUUAUAUCUUGACUAUAUAGGUGCAUGGUAAAGGUAAAAAAUACUUAUAGUUUGACAAGUGAUUCUUUUCGCUGUUUAGUUUUAUUGUCCAUUUCUUAGUCCAACUCCGAAAUUUAUUGCAUGCUGCAGAUUUAGCGAAUCUUUCCUUUGCAAAAGUGUCAGUUUACUGCUUUUGCGACUAAUUACGUACCGUUACCGGACUUAACGCAUUUAUUGCAGGGUUCGUAAAAUAUAUAUCUACGCAUACACAUUAACGAUUUUUAAAACUCUGCUGCAAUUGUAAACAGAGUAAUAUUUUAAAAUGUAUACUUGCGCUCUCCAAAGAGAGAUUAUUUCAAAUCGCUUGCUGACUAUAAAAGCGAUGCAUUCAGAUUAUGUAAGGUAUUUGAAAGCAAUCAUGGUUAAUGCGGGUAGUGAGUCUCAUGGCGAAGAUGCCUUAAACACUCCAGAGUGGAUCAAUGAAGAAUUCUUCAAACGCAUUCUUGAUAAAGACGAAAAUGAAAGUGUAAAGAUAAAUAAAUUGCUGCUCUCAUCCGGCAGUACCAAAACUGAUAACUACGCGAGUGUAUUGUAUCGUGCUAAGAUAAAGUAUGCCUUGUGUUCCCAGCCUAAUCAAGAGAAAGUUCGUUCAUUUGUAAUGAAAACCGAGCACUUCGAGGAAGGACUGCGGAAGGAUAAAUUGAGUGAAAUGACAAUUUUUGAAAACGAAGUGCGAAUAUAUACCAGUGUGUUGCCGAUGAUUGAAGCGAAGCUGCGAGAAUUUGGCGAUCAGACGGUACUGGCACCGAAGAUAUUCCACAGCAGCUCGGAGAUGCCGCGUAACAUAGUGUUCGAAGAUCUGGUGGCUGAAGGUUAUUCUCUCAUCAAUAACCGUCCCGGUAGUUUGGAGGAAAUCAAGUUAGCUCUAAAGAAAUUAGCUAAAAUACAUGCAAUCAGCUAUCAAAUGGCACAGAUGGGAAACAAAGAGAUAACCACAUUCCAAAAGAUCUACGUUAAUACGGUGAAUGUAGAUGAUUUUAUUAUCUUAAGAGAUGGUGUCAAACUAAUGAAAAAAGUGAUAAGUGAUCAGCCAGAUCUUCAAAAGUAUAUAUCACAUUUCGAGGCGGCAGAAAAAUUUUUAUUUCCCAAGGUUUUGGACUUACUAAACGCGCCUAAAAACGGUAAACAUAGUGCGGUUCAAGUACUGAAUCACGGUGAUUUUCAUAUGAAGAAUUUAAUGGUGAAAUAUGUCGACAAUGAACUGAAAGAAUUAAUGCUGCUCGAUUAUCAAACCUGUAUUUUUGGAUCUCCUGCUAUAGAUUUAUAUUAUGCUUUUGUCAUGAUGUACAGUCCAAACAUGCGUUUAGAGAAAAUGGACGAACUGCUUUAUUAUUACACAAAGAGUUUUCAAGACACUCUACAUAGUGUGCAGUACCAAGGGCAUAUUCCAACCAUUAAGGAGAUAAGGGAGGAGAUGUGCGAUUACCGACAUUGGGGUCUGUACUUAAUUUGUACUUUGCUUUGCUUUAACUAUGCCUUCAUGCAUGGUUUUGACAUGAGCGAAAUUAUCGAGUCUGAGGCGGCAAGGCUUGAAAUAUUCGCGAAUACGAAGAUUCUGGAUGAGUUGCGUUUACUGCUUCCGCGCCUCUUAUAUUUAGGCUAUUUUGAGGAAUAAUACACUGAAGCAAUGAUAAGAGGAGGUUUUAAUUUCUUAUUUACAAUAUUUAUAUUUCUUAUUGUUUUGGUUUGUUAUUGUAAAUAACCUAAUUGUAAAUACAUUGGUAGAAUGGUGUGCAA